UUUUUAAUAUCUCAACGACCAAUUUCUCUCCUGUCCCUUUCAACUUCUAUCAACGGUUACUUACCGCCCUUUCAAAUCUCAGAGCUUCAUAAUUGUUAUCAGUUAUUGCCACUAAUUGCAUUCAUUCACACCCACACCCACCAUAACAGUAAUUACAUUCUGUAGAGAGGAAAAAGAUCUAGAUUCGGACGUGGGUUGUUGAUUUGAGAAGAAACCCAUAUGGAUUUCAGUUCGUUCUUGACGUCUUUAGGGACGUCGUUCGUGAUAUUUGUGGUGCUCAUGUUCCUUUUCACGUGGCUUUCGAGGCGACCGGGGAACUUUGUGGUAUACUACCCGAAUCGGAUCCUCAAGGGUUUGGAUCCAUAUGAGGGAAUUCGGCUAACCCGGAACCCGUUCGCUUGGAUCCGUGAGGCUCUUGCCUCCACUGAAGCGGAUGUCAUCAACUUGUCCGGUGUUGAUUCUGCUGUCUACUUUGUCUUCCUAACAACUGUGUUGGGAAUAUUGGUUUUAGCUGGCCUUCUGCUUCUGCCUGUACUUCUACCAAUUGCUUUUACUUCUCCUGGAGUGAAGGCAGAUAACACCACCAGUGAAGGAACUUUCAAUGACAUUGAUAAGCUGUCUAUGGGGCAUAUCGAAUUGAAAAGUCCACGGUUGUGGGCUUUUUUGGCAGCUACUUAUUGGGUAUCCUUUGCUGCGUAUUGCCUCUUAUGGAAGGCAUACAAACAUGUUUCUGACCUGAGAGCAGCAGCACUUAUGUCUCCUGAUGUCAAGCUUGAGCAGUUUGGUGUUCUUGUCCGAGACAUACCUCCUGUCCCUGAAGGUCAAACUAGAAAGGAGCAGGUGGACUCAUAUUUUAAGACAAUCUAUCCAGACACAUUUUAUCGCUCAGUGGUGGUCACAGACAAUAAGAAGGUCAACAAAAUUUAUGAAGAGUUAGAAGGGUACAAAAAGAAGCUUGAACGUGCAGAAACCAUAUAUGCAGAGUCAAAACAAACAAGCACCCCAGAAGGAACGAGACCAACUGCUAAAACUGGCUUUCUAGGUCUUAUGGGUAAAAAGGUAGAUGCAAUAGAAUACUAUGAUGAGAAGAUUAAAGAGUUGAUCCCAAAAUUGGAAGCAGAACAAAAGGUUACUCUCAAGGAGAAACAACAAUGUUCGGCUCUAAUCUUUUUUACCAACAGGGUAACUGCUUCAUCUGCUGCACAAAGUCUACAUGCCACAAUGGUCGACACAUGGACAGUUAUGAACGCUCCUGAACCUCGCCAGUUAAUAUGGACAAAUCUUGCCAAAAAAUUUUACGAGAGAGAGAUGCGUCAGUAUGUCAUUUACUUAAUCGUGUUUUUGACCAUAUUCUUUUACAUGAUACCAAUUGGGUUCAUUUCUGCAUUAACUACUCUGGAAAAUUUAAAGAAGAUUCUCCCAUUUUUAAAACCCGUUGUGGAUCAGCAAGCAAUCAAGACAGUUCUUGAGGCAUACCUACCACAGCUUGCACUCAUCAUAUUUAUGGCUCUUCUGCCAAAGUUUCUUUUGUUUCUAUCCAAGGAGGAGGGCAUCCCUACACAGAGUCAUGCAGAAAGAGCUGCUUCUGGAAAGUUCUUCUAUUUUUCAGUGCUAAAUGUAUUUAUUGGUGUUACAAUCGGUUCAACACUUUUCACUACAGUGAAGGUCAUUCUGAAGGAUACCAGCAAAAUUGUCCCUUUACUAGCACAAAGUCUCCCAAAAAGUGCUACUUUCUUCUUGACCUUUGUGGCUUUGCGGUUCUUUGUUGGCUAUGGGCUUGAGCUGUCACGAAUAGUUCCAUUAAUUAUAUUUCACCUAAAGAAAAAGUAUUUAUGCAAGACUGAAGCUGAACUAAAAGCAGCUUGGGCUCCUGGAGAUCUUGGAUAUGCAACUAGAGUUCCUGGUGACCUGCUGAUUCUCACAAUUGUUCUUUGCUAUUCUGUAAUAGCUCCUCUAAUUAUUCCGUUCGGCGUAGUGUACUUUGGCUUGGGAUGGCUUGUUCUUCGGAAUCAGGCACUUAAAGUUUACGUUCCUUCGUACGAGAGCUACGGAAGGAUGUGGCCCCACAUGUACAAUCGCAUUAUGGCCACUGUGAUCAUAUUUCAAGCUACAAUGUUGGGUUACUUUACAGUGAAGAAGUUUUACUACACUCCCAUUUUGAUUCCCCUUCCAAUUUUGUCCUUUAUCUUUGCGUUUAUUUGCCAAAAGAAAUUCUAUCGGUUUUUCCAAUCCACAGCGCUUGAAGUUGCUUCUCAUGAACUGAAAGAAAAUCUGAGUAUGGAACGAGUAUUCCGGUCAUUCAUUCCACCAAGCUUGAGUUCUGAGAAGGGUGAUGAAGAUCAGUUUGACGAUGCGUUAUCUCAUGUUUCCAGAACAGGUUCUACAGUUUGAUGUACAUUUUGUGAGUUAAUUGCAGCUAUGUUCACGUUUGUAGAAAGGCUGCCAAGAGAAUUUGAUACUAUUAGUUGGAUAAUUUGUUCAUAGUUUGUUGCACCAGGUUUAUUGUUGCCUUGUGGGUUUGUUGUAUACGCUGUUUUAGAACUUGUAAUUUGUUACCUGUUCCUGUUUGAUGCCAGAAUUCCACUAGGUUCAUUUGCUAUUCAGCACUACUGGUUAGUAUUAAAGAAAGUAGAAGUAAAUCAAGAAUCUGUGUUCGGUCCCUACCUGCUACUGAUUAGUGUUAGCAAGAAAAUGUAAUGAUCUGUAUGGCAUAACUUUUGAUUUUA